AUGAAGAUGAAGAUGAGGGGGCGGGGCGGGAGCAAAGGGGGCGGGGAAGGAAGACGGUUUACCUGGCGCGGCGGGCGCGCGGCGCGUGCGAACGGCCGGACAGGCCCGCGGCGUUCACUUCCAGGCGUUGCCCCUUCCCCCUCCUCGCCGUUACCCUGUACAUCCGGCUCAUUUGCCCUCCCCGCUCGCAGGAGCCGUUGCCGCCGUUGCCGCCGUUGCCGCCGUUGCCGCCGCCGCCUGGCUCGUCGCGGCUCCGCCACAGGGACAGGUGCGGAGGGGUUCCCCGUCCGGCCGCCGCCGCCGCCGCCGACGCUGCCCAGCUCCGGGCCCGGGGCUCCCCCUAGCGCUGCUGAGGAGCUGCCGCCGCGGCUCGAGGAGGGCGGAGGAACGGGGCUGAGAGAGAGCGCCUGGAGGCUCGCGGGGAGGGUGACUGGUUUAUUUUUUUCCCGUUUUCCUCGCUUCUCUCACACCCCUGGCUCGUCUGCUCCGCGACCCCAUUUUGGCGGAGAGGCGGGCGCGGUGGGGCCGGCGCCCACCCCUGGCGUGCGGCGGCAUCUCCGCGGGCGCCCCGGGCCCUUCCUCCGCGCCCCGGGCCGCCCUGGCGCUCAUUCAUUCGGCUGUGCCUUUCUCCGCCCCUGCCUCCUUCCCCUCGCGUCUCCCCGCGCGUGCUCGCCGCCCUUUCCCGUGCCCAGUCUUGCCUCCGCCCGUGGCCUUUGGCUCCGGGCGCUUUCCCCUCCGGCGUCUCUAUGGCCGUCCCCCGACCCGGAACUCCCACGUCCUUUCCUCCCAGCGGCCGCCUUCCCUCCCGCUGCUGGUCCCCGGAUCCACACCCCCUUCUCCCUCGGACUCCACCAGGCCUCGCCCGGACACGCGGCCCUCCUCAUCACCUGCCUUGAACUUGGUGCCCCGAUACCGCCCGAUUCAGGGGAAAGCGGGCACGCAGUCCCCCACUACCAUAAAUUACACAGUCGAGUUUCCCCUAUUUGAGGAAAUGGCAGAGGUCAACACACCGGAGUGCAAUGGGUGAGCCUCGCCCUGGGAGAACCACCUUCUUGAUAAUGGUAUCUCCUCUGCCAGCAUAAGCGCGACAUGCAGACAUGCAGUCCACUGCAGCUGGGGCAUUCCGGUCGUUUAUGGAUGAGGCUCAGGACGGAGGCUGCGUGGCCUGCCCGUGGAGAGUGGAGGAAGGAGUCACGCCUUUAUUUACCACGGAAAGUGGACUUUUUUCCCCGCCACCUUCUGGCCUCACUAGCCUUCCUCGAGCUUAUCUCAGUAAUCUAUCUUUGGACGAAGAUCAGAUGCCUCAUGACCUGCAACCAGGACUGGAAAAAGACAUAAUUUAAGAGACUGUCUCCAACCUGGAUGGAAAGACUUUUUGUCAGGUACUCUUAAUUAGCUCAAGCACAAUGAAACUGAAGGGAAAGAUUAUUUCCCACUUCCAAAGGCCCCUAUACUGGAUUGGUCUAUAGAGAAGACAGCUGACCUGAUCUCACCUUAAAAUGAUGCUCAAACAAGAAAAACUACAGUACACCAGGAUGAGAAGACAACGACAUCAGAGGUAGACAGCUUGUCCAAGAUACUGGACCUGAUUUGUAUGAUCGUUUAUAGUGUUCUCUUGACUUCUUAGACCUUUGUAUAUAAAUCAAAUGCUUUUCUAUCAUAGGCCUGAUACUAUGCUAGUUUUAAAAAU